AGCUGAUUUCCUCUUUCUACCCUGCAGUUUCAAACAGAUCACUUUAUCUCGAAUCUGCCCUCCCUCUGUGCGGCAGAACCCUCACAGUGCCCCUCAGAGGGGAAAUGCCCGUCUUGCUAAAUGCCGACGCCUCCUUUAGCUCCAAGCAGGAGCUCCUGGACCUUCAGGACUGUCCUCUGACCGGGGGCCCCUGUCUGGAUACCCCGAGCCCGCCGGACUCCCAAACAGGUAGCCCAAUAGGCUCAGGACCCAGAAGCCCCGGCAGCCCUGGAGAUGAUGGCCCUAUUCGGCCCUGCAUCUUCACCGGGGCCUCCACGCUCCCAGGUCAGCUGUAUGGGGUGGAAACCAGACCUCAUGCGCAGACCCCCAUGGGGUUAAAGCUGAUCUCCACCGACUCAGAUCAGUUGUGUGGGUGGGGGGCUCUGACGCCCAAAGCUAUCCAAGUCUUCAACACCCCUCGCUGGGUGCUCUUCUUCCUCUGCGUAGCCUCUUUCCUCCAGGGGAUGAUCAUCAAUGGCUUCAUCAACACGGUGGUGACCUCCAUCGAGAGGCGCUUUGACCUGCGCAGCUACCAGGCCGGCCUCAUCGCCAGCUCCUACGACAUCGCCGCCUGCAUCUGCCUGGCUUUCGUCAGCUACUUUGGCGGCACGGGACACAAGCCUCGCUGGCUAGGAUGGGGGGUGCUGAUCAUGGCAUUGGGUUCUCUGGUUUUUGCCUUGCCUCACUUCACCACGCCCCCGUACCAGGUCAGCCUGCCCGAGAGAACAGGACUGUGCUCUGCCAACCGCACCAGCCCGUGCCAGGACAGGGAGGGCGGAGGACUGUCCAGCUAUCGUUUUGUCUUCAUGCUUGGCCAGUUUCUGCAUGGUGUGGGUGCUACGCCGCUCUACACGUUAGGAGUCACAUACCUGGAUGAGAAUGUCAAGUCCAACUAUGCGCCUGUUUAUAUUG